AUGGAUGACCCCGGUGACUAUGAUGAUGAUUUUGCCCUUUGGGGACAAUCCAUUGGUGGUGAAUCUGAAUCUGAUCCAGCUGCACCAGAACUGGAACCUGACACUGAUUCACAACCAAAGAAGAAAAAUGGUAGGGGGGCAUAUAAGGGUCUGAAGCAUAUAAAGAAUAGGAGUGAAGGAAUACUUCUCGAAGUCGAGUACAACCAAUGGGGCCAGUGCGUUGGGGACACUGCAAAUGAACUGGUUAGCCAGAUUGGCUUGUAUGCAAGACGAAAUCUUCCACUGGCAUACAAUGAUUGGAGAAAAGUUCCAAUGGAAUUUAAAAAUCUAUUAUGGGAGUACAUCAAGUCAAUGUUCAAGUUAGGCCCAGAAGCUAAGCAUUCUACCUUAAAAACUGCUGGACGAAGAUGGAAAGACUGGAAAGCAUUCCUAACAAGGAACCUAAUUUUCAAAUACAAAGAUAAAGUUCCAGCAAUGCUCGAUCGUCCUCCAGAUGCUUAUGCUUCAUGUUACAAGCCCGAAGAUUGGAAAGAAUUUGUUGCCAAAAGAUGUAGUCCCGAAUGGGCAAAAAAGAGAAAGAAAAUGCAAGAUAUCAGGAGUCAAAAUACAUACAAUCACCAUGCGGGCCGAGGUGGUGUUAAGAAAGUUGAAGAAAAGUUGGAGAAAGAGUUGGGCCACCAGCUUACUAUAUAUGACAGGGCAGACUUGUGGAUUAGAAUACACACGAACAAAAACGGCGAGCUCGAUGGCCCUGCUCAGGAGGUCGCUGACCGGAUUGCUGAGAUACGAAAGCAAGUUGAGGAGGGGACAAUAUUAGUAGAAGGCUCAAAAGACAUACUCACUCUAGCCUUGGGAACAGAAGAGCAUGGAGGACGUGUUAGAGGAAUGGGGGGUGGUGUCACACAGACACAGUUUUUCAAAACCCCGCGUCCUAAAAGAAAGAGAGUCGAUGACAAUGAUCGUAUGAGUGAGGUGGAGAAGCGACUUGAAGAGUCAGAGGAACAUCGUCGUAGACAAGACGAAUUAUUAAAUAAACUCCUCCAAAUAGUCCAAAGCCAAAGUGGUGUUGCGGGCACCUCACAUGCAUCUGGUUCAGGUGUUGGGGGAGCAUCCAACGAACCAGCUUUUGCUGCUGUUACCUCAGUUCUAGGAGCAACACCUACGCCUCUCGCUCCACCGGCUCCCAAGGCCUCUGCUCCACCAGCUCCCAAGGCCACUAUUCCAACACCUCCACUUGUUGCCCCACCAGCCACACCUUGUGCAGCUGCUCCACCAGCACCAUCUCCGGUUACUUCUGAUAAUAGAUUGAGGUGUGAUAUGUACGUGAUUGAUCCCAAAGAAAAAGAUCCGGUCUUAGUUGCAUCAGGUUAUGUGAAACUUGAAAAGGCAGACAAAGAAGGCAAUAUUAUAAUACAUGGAGUUAAAAAGAAGUUUGAUGAUUUCAAACGUGUCUUUAUUGAGAAGGUGGUUGAAGAAAAUGCCAUUCUACCAUGCCCUAUAGAACAUGAAGGCUUCGACACAGUUGGUUUAGCUGUAAACAAUUUUGUAGCUUGGCCAAAGAACCUAAUCAACAUACAUCCAGAUGAUUUAGCGAAGAUGAAAGGAAAGAAGAAAGUUUCAAGAGAUCAUUUGGCUCCACCGACUCAGCCACCGAUAAACCCAAAGGGGCCUAAUAAACAGUCUGUCAAACGGUACAUUCCCCCUGCAAAGACACAAUUAUUGUCUGGACUUUCAGAGAUUGUGAAGAAUUGGCCUGCUAAGAAAUCAAAGAGAUACUAUAUUAAACCGGAAGUGUUCGGAGGAGAAGGCCAAGAGUGUUGGAUCAGCGCUGACGAGGUGGAAGAUGUGUGCGAGCUCCAUAUGAUUGGAAAUACUGUUAUGUCUCUUUGGUGCAGUUAUUUGCAAGAACACACACUUAAUCUUGGUGGAUUGAGGAAUACAUUCGCAUUUAAUAAUCCCGCUUCAAGAAUCUAUGUCAGCAAUUGA